AUGUGUUUGUGCCAUAGGUUGACACUGUUUGAUGAUGCCGAUAGAAAUUCAGAGGAAAACCAAAGGCACCACUACCCUAGGCAUGGUCACUACCGCCAUGCCAACCAUCAAGACGACACCCACCGUCGCCAACAAAUACAUCAAACUCGGCCCAUUGAAGAGGAUGAAAUACUUGACAACAAGAACACUCCUGUAAGUCUGUCCAGAGCUUCCUCCUCCACCCUCUCCUCAUCCUCCUCCUCUGUCUCCUCGUCAUCCUGGUUCACGGAGGCAAGUGCAAGCGAUCCUUUCUCUCUCCGCCACAUUGAGCGUCCACAGCAUUCCUUGUCCUGCUCCAACAUUGCAGAUGUACGCAGGGCUUUUCAAGAAGAUGACAGAAGUGAGCCUAUUGUCUUUGCCACCGUUACGCAUGGCGGCAAUGGGAAUGGUGUCGGUGGUCCCGUGCACAGCAGCACACAACAGAGAGGGACGGCUGUUUUUUCGUCUCUUGACCGAAAUCAGAGCAGAAGUGAGGAGGGCCUCCAGAAAGGGAAUGAAGGCCAUGAAGGCAGAAAGCAAUACAAGGCACCAUAUAGCGGGGCGCUGCGCAAGACCUCUAGCUUGAAUCGAAGUCUCACUUUCAGUGAUGAAGAUCUUCUGGUGAGAGAUUCUAGGGGCCCAAAGAGAGCAGUGUCAUCCAGCCAGCUUCCUGGCAAAGGAAUCCUAAAGAACAAGACGCCUCACACCGACAUACGCAAAGCCAAAUCGAUGGAGGUGAUAUCCCCAAGAGUUCCCAAACAACAAGAUCCCAGUCCCAGUGGCCAGAAGGAGAAAGGGACUGCGCAAGCCGAGAUGGAGCAAGCGAGGACAAAUUUCGUGCAGGGAAAGUUGCAAUUCUCAGCUUUCCUGGAUGAGAUAACAAAACAGGUAAUAAGCCCGUCAUACCUCACUAUACUCGGGGUGAACAAUAGCAAAGUUACCAACAAGACCAGUGCACCAGUUCAAACACUUGACCCCGUCAAACCUGAACUCCCACCUAAGAAGCACAGGAAAAUUUCUGGCGAGGAGAAGGAACACUAUCCAAACCAACAUGGCAGGCAGGACAAAAGUGCUCGUAGCGUCUCACGAAAAGACUCCGGCUCCAAGCCGGACAAAUUGAUUUCAUACGCGGCUAGAAACCAUCAGGGUAGCCCGCCGCCUCAUCACUAUGCAUACUCCUCCAGUCGAAAUGCUCACCAUGGAAAAAGCCAUAAAGACAAGAGACUGUCACCCAUUGGGGGUUCCCUGACAGAGGACAGGUAUGGCAGAUGUGGUUCUCAACUAACCGACGGAACCAGCACCAGCCCUGAGCUGAGCCAGCCCAAACUGCGGCACCACUACAAGCAGCAAAUCCAUGCCUUUUAUAGUACACACACUCAGAACUUGCCUCAGCCACAGCCUCAGCACAUGCACAGCAGUGCAAGCCAACGAAGGCCAAACACCUCACCACCAUCCUCAGAUCACGGUGCAAGAAUGGGUCUCGGAUCAGAGUCUUCAUCGAGUAAAUCAGACUCAACCAGGGCCCGAGAUACAUCCUCCACCACUACAAGUCAUGGCUCAGAGCAGAGCGGGCAAUACCAUUCCGAACACGUGGGGAGCGCCAAACAAUGCAGAGACAGACUGUGUGACGCUGAGCAGCUUCAGGUGCUACAGGAGGAGAAUACUGAUCUUCAGCAGCACUUGCUGCAGACAGUAGUCUGCAUUGAAAGCCUGGAAUCGGAGCUGCAGAGGACCCGGGAUGAGCUCAGCAAUGUCAAAGACAAAUAUAAAAGCCUACUGGAGACACACGCUGGAACCAGGCAGGCUAGUGAGCUGCUGGGGGAGCAUUUACACAUUGCGUCGGAGAGUAGAAGCAAUGAAAGGAAGUACCUUCUCAAUCGUGUGUCCCAGCUGAGCUCAGAGCUGGAGGACGCCCACAGGACCAUUGCUGCGCUGGAGAACAUCAAUCUGCCAUGCCUGAUAAAGGAUUUACUGGAGAAGCACUUCAACUCAGCUGAGGCUGUGCAGAAGGUUCAAUUACCUGCUGCUAUUGGCAGCCACUCUGCCAUCUCUCCAUCUGCCCUCAAGCCACCUCAGCCUCCUAAAUCGGAAGAAACGGCACACGACUGGUGGACAGAAAUGGAGACUGCUACAGCCUUUGUUCCCUUCCAACAUGAAGUGCCCAAAACAGGAGGUCAAAUCUCCCUCCAAGGCCCACUCAAGUCCAGCAACAGCCCUCCUUUUUCAGUGGAGGACAUCAGCACUGCAAUCUAUAAGAAAAUAAUAGCCAAUUACACUGCUAAACCACAAACUAAUCUUCAGCAGCCUUCCCUGGGUGAAAAAUACACUGAGUGCCCUCUUAAAUCUCUGCAACUCCACCGUGCUGACCGCUUGGGUGAAAAGGGAGAGGUAUUGGUGACGCUUUUGGAGCAGGAUGCUGCGGAUGUGACCGCCAUGUCUGCCCAGCAGAUCCUAGAUGAGUUCAUGCAACAGCUGCACACCCGUGAGGGGGUGGGUGAAGUGAAGGGGCAUGGGUUGUAGGCAGUGGGAGUGGAGCAAAGUGGCAAAGUCACAGAGCAACAACAACACAGGGGAUGAUGAAAACGGAAGGUCAUUGCAGGAAACAAGGAGGUGUGCAUUUGUGUUUGCUUGAUUCACCUUGAACAAGUCUGUGGCCUUUAUUGCAAGGUUGUUUGUAUUAUAUUGUCUGACUGUGACAACGUGUGAUUUAUUAGUUGUUAUAACUGAAUCGGACAAGGUUUGCCUCACAACCCAAUCAUCACACUGCACAGUGUGAUCCACUUUCACUUCAAGCAACUUUUCACGAAGUCCAUAAUAUUACUAAAAAUGACAAAAAUAUGGAAUGGCAUUUGCAAAUAAUCUAUUGUGUAAAUUAUGUAAUGCAUAUUUAUUGAGCUACUCAGAAUAAGAAUAAUAAUUAAAAUUAGUCAUAUUUAUAGUUAAGUGUAGUUAUUUCUUGUUAUUGUGGUGUAGAGUCUUGAAAAAUGACAGCGAUAGUUAAUGAAUUGGAAAUUUAAUAUUGAUUGCAUUUUUUUUCUUUAUGUCAAUUAUUAUGAGCUAUUAGGAAAAAUUGAGAAAAUGUUUUUGAAAAGAGAUCACUUUUUGUGACAUUCAUUCAAACUGUCGGUAUGAUCUGACUGUACUACGUGACUAAAACGAUCUGUGUGCUGAUCUGGUACCUUGAACUUUAGAAGCUUGGCUAAAACGGGCAGAAU